AUGGCUUUUCACGUCGAAGCUGAAGCUGAAAUAAACACGAUUGUGAGAGGCGCAAACGAGUACGGGACUCAUUCGAAGUGUGUCGCCUUGAAGAGGAUCACGUCUACGAACGGUGUUAGAGACUACAUCGACGUGCAAUACUCUACUAGCGGGUGUUCAUCGUAUGUCGGAAGAAUCGGUGGCAAUCAGAGGUUAAAGCUCACAUCCAGCUGCAUCCAGGAAUACGGCAGCAUCAUACACGAAUUCCUGCACGCCGUGGGCUUCUACCAUCAGCAAAGCACUUUCGACCGAGACGACUGGGUGACGAUCAUGUGGGAGAACAUUGAAGAAGGACAUGAGCACAACUUCAACAAGUACGACGACAGCAGCGGUCCACACAGGUGUUGGUUCCCGUACGACUAA